AUGGCAGAAACCGUCAAAGGUUUGGCGGAAGCGCCAAACGAAGAAGAGCGCAAUGAUACAGAGACAAGUUCUGCGCAUCCUGACUAUGAUGGCGAUGCGAUUGAGAACCGCGCCGAAAAAGAGAAAUAUCCAGUCAAGUGGUACCGGUCAACCUUUUACAAUGCCCUCAUACUGGGUUUGUGCAAUUUCCUCGCCCCCGGUAUCUGGGGCGCGAUGAACUCUCUAGGUGGUGGUGGUGAUGAGUCACCGUACUUGGUCAACACUGCGAAUGCACUUACAUUCUGCUUGAUGGUGCUGUCCUGCUUCUUCGGAAGUGUCAUUGUGAAGUACAUUGGCAUUAAAUGGACAUUCAUCAUAGGCACAAUAGGAUACGCCCCCUAUGCGGCAGGGUUGUACACGCAUAACCGGUACGGGUUCGACUGGCUUGUCAUUCUCGGGGCUGUGCUCUGUGGUCUCUCUGCAGGAAUAUUCUGGAUGGCUGAAGCAGCGAUUGCACUUUCAUACCCCGAGCCGCACAACCAGGGCCGUUUUCUUGGAUUUUGGCUUAGUUUUCGGGUUGGUGGCCAGAUUAUCGGCGGUGCUAUUAACCUGGGUGUGGAUGCCAAAGACGAGAAUGCCGGAAAGAUCUCGUACCAUGUCUUCGAGGCCUUUAUCGCGCUUCAGGCAUUAGCCCCCUUCGUCGGUCUGCUGCUUUCACAGCCAAAGCAAGUUCAGAGAACCGAUGGUCUGCCAGUCCGCUUGAGGAUUUUGGAUCACAAGUGGAGCACGGAGCUUCUAGCAGUGACAAAGCUAUUCUUCAGUCGUGACUUUCUGUUGAUUGUACCGCUCAUUGCGCAGGCUGUCUAUAGUGAAGCUGUAAUGUUUACUUUUCAAGGCUUGUGGUUUUCCGUCAGAGCACGAGCACUAGGCUCAUUCUUGUCCGGGGUGGUUGCAUUGAUUGCUGGUAAUGUUCUGGGAGCAUUCCUUGAUUCAAAGAAAAUAUCUCUCAAGUCACGGGCCAGAGGCGCCUUCAUCGUCGUCCUGGGACUCCAAGGCGCAUGGUGGGUCUGGGGUACUGUGAUCGUCACCGAAUUCAACAAGACAAACCCCGUGUACGAUUGGACAACUGCAGGGUUUGGCAAGGGGUUUGCGUUGUUUUUGUUCUGGGUUAUCGGCUUUCAGGUUAACUACCUGUAUCUUUACUUUGUGGUGGGCAACUUGGCCAAAAAUGAAGAAGAAGUGAUUCGCAUCGCGGGUUUACUGCGUGGUACCGAGUCUGCUGCACAGGCAGUCAGUUACGGACUAUCCAGUGUCACAAUCAUGGGAGCUGUUGGCGGUGUCUAUUUGAACUUUGGACUUUGGGCCAUUGCCCUUCUCCCUGCUUGGCUGGUCAUCAAAGAAAUUGGCGUUACCAAAGGGGAUUUGAAAGUAAGCCGGGAGAGAGCUCUGGCCGAUGCUGCAUAG